AUGAAGAUACCUCUUGUAGAAUCUGACUAUGCUGAGCUGGUUGUAGAUAUAGGAACAAUCACCCUAGGAGAGGAGGCUAGGGAAAGCAUGGAUUGUCAACUGAGAGCUCAUGAGCGAGAAAAAUUCCUAAGAGGUUUAUCUGCUGCACUGAAGGGUAAAGUGUCAGUAGUCACAGGAAAAAUUAAAAAUGAAGACUAUGUUUAUGUACACGGAAUAGGACAAGACUUGGAACAGCCUGUUAGGAAGAUUGUAUCAGAUGUUCAUAAUCAUCUUGAUUUCGUGUUCAGAGAGAACACAUUACUGAUUUUUGUGAAGUGCAGCUUACGUGAUGAGGAAUAUGGCACCUUGAACACUCAUUUGUACCGAAGGAAUAUGACAGAUGAAGAUCAAAUGAAUGAGAGUGCUGCACUCAAGUUCCUCAAGGAACUGAAAAGAACUGGAGGAAGAUCAUAUUCUACACCAAUAUUGACAGAAGACUGGGAUGUUAUGAAUGAAAGUCACAAUGAAGCCAUUGCUGCUGAAUUUUUUAACAGUAAAGGGCUUAUAAAAAAGGAACAGUUCCACAUUACUAAAUCCAGUAUGAAAAUUGGAGAUUUCCAUGUUACUGAAUCCACUCAUGUUGAAAUUAAGACACUCAAGACAGAAAUGUGGUUGCAAGACAUUAAAGAGAAGCUUUCUAAGUAUGUUUCUGCAUUUGCAAAUACUGAUGGUGGCUACUUGUUUUUUGAUUUAGAAGAAAAUUCAAAAGAAGCAACUGGAUUUAAAGCAAACAAGUGUGAUCUCCUCACAUCAGAAAUGCGUAUACAACAGACCAUCAGGAAACUGCCUGUCUAUCAUGAUGUGUCUGAUAAUGCGAGCUUCUUCCUCAGAUUACACACAACUCAGCUGUCCUUCCCUAGGGAUUGUGUCUGCUAA